GUGGCCAGGCCAGUGUUUCCAGCGUUCGCACGCACGCCCGCACGCCGUCCCUUGUGCCUGCUCGCUCGCCCGUACCCGUUCUCACUCCCGCUUUCUCUCAGUUGAGCGCGCGGCUGGCAGAGAGAAGCAGCGAGACAGUACAACAGCGCGCCGACUGAUAAACACGCAGUCUGACUCAUCUGCCAUCCUGCACUUUGCACUCGAUCUCCGUCUUUGUUCUUCCGCGGCAAACAGCCGAUUUUGUCCGAUAGCCGUCAUCGGAUAACGCCGAAGACCGCCAAGUGAAAGUGCGCGCGCGUGCGUUGGUGUGUGUCGCGACAGAAUGUCGGAUUUGAUGGAGCAACACUCGCCGAAGCCCUUGAAGCGCGAGCACGACUCAACGGACGACUUCGAGCACCUGGAGCACGAACUCGAGCGUCAGCAGCAGCAGCCGAAGGAGUCGCUGCUGGAUCUGGCGCCGGCGCGCAGCCUGCUGGACAGUAGCGUGCCGGCGCCGCACGAGCCGGAGGUGAGGCCGGUGCCGGCGUCGCCACCGCCUUCAGCCGCGGACUCGGACAAGUUCGAGGGGGGCGCGCGGCUCGGCGCAGCUUGCAACGAGCUGGAGGCGCGCAUUAGCGAGCAGCUGGCCGACGCGACGGCCGCAACGAUGGCCCUGAUGGAGAGCGAGCGCGACUCCCCCUACGAGCUCGAUGCGGGCUUCGAGGUUAGGGAUACGCAGAACAGCGAUAACGAGCCCGAGGACGACAGCGAGCCCACGAGUGAGAUUCGAGUGGCACCGCCGGUGCCGGCGCACGCCGCCGCCGCAGCGCGCGACCUGCUCGACGAUGACGACGACGACGACGACGACGACGAUGACGACGCCCACGUCGACGCGGGCCGCUCGGCCGGCCCCGGCCAGCCGCCCACGAGCCUGUACUCGAGCCAGGAUGACUUCAUGGGCGAGAUCCGGGCGUCGAGCCUGCCCGAGCCCGAGCGCUCGCCCGAGCUGGAUUUUGUGCGGGAAGAGAUGGUCGUGCAGGAGGCGCGCGUGCACAAGCCCGAGUCCGGCCAGCAGCACUGGGGCCUGCUCGACGGGGUCGAGAGCGUGCUCGAGCCGCCGCAGAAGCCGCUGCCGCCGGAGCCGCUGCAGCAGCUCGAAGACUUGCUGCGUGCCGAGUCUCGGUCGUCGUCGGGCCCGGCGGGACGCGGCGGCGAGCCCGCGACCCAGCCCCAGCCGGCUCACGGUCCACCGAAAGCCGAGCUGGGCGACGCCGCCGAGAGGAAAGUGUACCAGCUGCCCAAGGACAUCGCCGACGAGAUCGCGCCCAAGCACAUCUUCCGGGACAUUGGCAUCGAUGCAUGGUUUAACCCAGAAAAGCUGAAUCCAAAAGUGGCAUCGCUCAUAUACUGGCGCGAUCCCAAAAAAUCGGGAAUCGUGUUUGGUGCGAUCCUGGGGGUGCUCUUAUCGCUGGCAUACUUCAGUCUGAUCAGCGUGCUAGCUUACAUAUCUCUUCUCACUCUCACUUUCACCGUCGCUUUCCGCAUCUACAAGACUGUCCUGCAGGCCAUUCAGAAGACCAACGACGGACACCCAUUCAAAGAGAUUCUCGACCUCGACCUAACGCUGCCCACCGAGAAGGUGCACGAAGUCGCCGACAUUGCCGUGUCUAAUGCUAACGCGGCCGUUUCCGAGCUACGCAGACUCUUUUUGGUUGAAGACUUUGUCGAUUCUCUCAAGUUUGGAAUCCUGCUGUGGUCUCUCACCUAUCUUGGAGCAUGGUUCAACGGCAUGACACUCGUCAUUAUUGGAGUGGUCGCCCUUUUCACAUUGCCCAAAGUUUACGAGACGAACAAGACACAGAUUGACCAGAAUCUCGCUUUGGUUCAGGCAAAAAUCAACGAAAUUACGGCAAAAGUUAAGGCUGCUAUACCCAUCGGCAAGAAAGCCGAACCAAUAAAGGAAGAGUAAUUUGAGCUUUGUCAGGAGGAGUUUUAUCGUUGCAGAGCCGUGUGGAAUGAGAGAGCGUGAGAGAGAAAGAAAGUGCGGUCGAGAGAGAAAGGAAAGUGAAAAAAAAACAGCAGAGUUAUUUAACAAAGAAUGUGAUGGCAACAAUGCAAAUCAACCAACCAACAAACAAAAAGGAUAUCGAUUAUUGCGUGGCAUCGAGAGCAACGAGAGAGAACAAUUUUUAAAAGAUUUUUAUAAUUGAAACCAAGCCGUGGGUAAUCAGGCUGUAGAGAUAAAUUGGCUAAGAGAUUGUAAAUAACGGACCAAUGUUUAAGUUGAUGCAACAAGUAUGCUGAAUAUCGAGUGCUCGACAUAGCGAUGGCAAACGAUGGCUUAACAUGGUCGUCGUUCGCCAAUACAUUUAUUACAUACAUAUACACGCAGAGCAAGUGCGCGUGUCAAAGCACUUACACGAUAUAAUGUCGAAGAUUCACGCACAUAACAUUAUUUAGCAAGCCAAUCGAGAUAUCCUUUUUAAAUAAUAAAAAAGAAAUAUAAGUAAGAUUUAGCAAAUUGUACGUUAUUGCAAAACGAUGGUGACGAAUUUCGAUCUAGUGAGCAAAGCUAAUGGAGAAAGUGCGAUUGAAUGAUGUUUAACCAUAAACAAAUAUACAGCAGCGAAAAGAUGUUUUUAAACAUCAAUAACCUUAGGUGAGAUUAGACGAGAAAUCGUCAACUAAUGUUCUCUAAUCUGUCGCGCAAAAUGAACAGAAUGAAUGGCAAUUGAUGUGCAAUUGUCAUGACUAAUGAUCUUGCGCACUUUGGGUGUUUGUCCCUAACUCCACUUAAUAACUGCACACGCGCACACAAAAGCAUGAAGCGUGUCUUUUUCCUCCCUCCCAUAUUUCCACUUCUUACCUCGUAAAAAUGUGCAAUCAAAUCAUAUACUCAUUAAAUCCCUUUUGGUAUAAAAAUGAAACGAAAAUAUAUAGGCAAAGCAUAACGAAAUAGAAAACAAAAAUUUAAUAAUCCAAAUAACGAAACGACGACGAAAGAGUUUCUUAAAUAUCAUUAAACGAAUUACACCGUUCACCCACAUUCUCUCGCAUCAUCCCGUUUGCUAUUUGACUACACUCAUCGUGUAAAGCAGAAGAGUCUAUCCUUUUUUAAAUGUAGACAACGUUGUUGAAGUAAUAUAUAUAUAUAAUCUGGCUAACGCACGAGAACAAUGGCAAGAUUGCAAAUCGGUGUAAAAGUGUCUAGCGUACAUAUAGGCAGUGCUUUAAACUGAAAGUGUUGUAAUUUGUACGGAAAUAAUGUGUCUGGAAAUCGACUUGCUUGCGAAAAGGCAUUAAAAAAAUCUAAGAAUAGUAUACGGCGAAAGAACUGCUUGUCGAAAUUGUUUCUUUUUUAUCGUUAGAUCUUAAGAUGUAAUGUCUAACAACAAGUGACCCCUCGUGUUUUAGUUGUUAUGCGAUCGAGAAUAAAUAUUCAAUUAAAUGGAAAUUAAUAAAGUGAUUAUUAAUUAUUAUAUCUGUCUCUUUGAAUAACGUUGAGGAUUGCUAAAUAUUAUUGCUAUUGAUAUUAUUAUUGUAAUUAUAUAGCUUAUAUAUAUACAUAUACCCAUAUAUAUGUGUGUGUGUGUGUGUGUAUGUGUAUAUAUAAAGAAAUAUAUUUAGAAGAUUAUAGAUUAUUACAUCUAUUUCUAUUAUGCAAAGUUGAAAGAAAAAUGAAGUAAAAAUGGAGGAAAAAAAAGAAAAAGAAAUAAUCAUUCACAGAGUGAUAAAUUAGCAGAAAUUGGCUUAUCGCGAUGCAAUGGAAAAUAGAUACAUAUAUGCAUACAUACAUGGAUCACUCGAUGAUUACAAUAAAGCAGAAGCACACAAAACUGGAACUUAAUAUUAUAUUAUACACAUUCUUAAAUAUCUAUCUGUAGCUACGUGAAUACGCGUGUUUUUACCUCGCGUAAGGUGGCAAGCGUCGAGAGAAUAUGUGACUUGUAAUGCGCGUAUCGCUUCUUGACGUUUUCAUUAUUGCAUCUGCAUUCGCACGAUUAAUUUAUAUAAAUAAAUGAUAUUCAUAA